AUGCAGAAAGUCGAAGCCAUUAGGCCAUCACCGAGCAACUGCCAAUCCCGAGGAGUCGAGGUGGUCGACGAACCGCUGAAGAUGGUGCUGGAGGAGCCGCCGCACGACUCGCACUCGCUGCUGCAGGCGCACCCGCUCUACAAGGAGGCGGCGUCGCAGCUCAUCAACGUGCCCACCAAGGUGGUGGGGCCCCGCGAGCUCGCAGUCACCGUCCCGCACGACAGUGAGUAG